UGCUCAGCAAAUACGGAUUAUGCUUUCGGCAAUCGUUUCAAUGUAUACUACUUUCUAACCCUCAUCGUCCUGGGCUCCUUCUUCAUGCUCAACCUCGUCCUCGGUGUUCUCAGUGGGGAGUUUGCAAAGGAAAGAGAACGUGUGGAGAAGAGAAGAGCCUUCCUCAAACUUCGUCGACAGCAGAAGACGGAAAGAGAACUCGAUGGCUACAUUGAAUGGAUCCACAAAGCAGGUGAGUUGGGCGUUUUGAAGUGGCGACAUCAAGGUGAUGUUAGUUCUCCCCGUCUGACUUAA